GAAACCAUAGGGGAGGUGGAGUCUCUACAUGGGGAGGGAGAAGAAAGGGGAGAGGAGCAGCGAAACGGGGAAAGGCAGAUACAACAGAAACGGGGGGAGGACGGUGGAUGAUUUUCGCCAUAAAAGUUGCAUUACAACCAAUUUAAGUGUUGCGGCGAAGAGGAAUAAAACAAGAUGAUAACGCCCUACUUCCUAGAGAAUUUCUGGGGUGACAAAAACAAUGGCUUUGACGUGCUCUACCAUAACAUGAAGCAUGGCCAGAUUUCCUCCAAGGAGUUGACCGACUUCAUCAGAGAAAGGAGCACCAUUGAAGAAGCCUAUGCCCGGUCCAUGACCAAACUCGCCAAGUCGGCGGGUAACUUCUCUCAGCUUGGGACUUUUGCGCCGGUGUGGGAUGUGUUCAAGACCUCGACCGAAAAGCUGGCCAGCUGUCACAUGGAGCUGGUGAGGAAACUACAGGAACUCAUAAAAGAGGUGCAGAAGUACGUGGAGGAGCAGGCCAAAGCACACAAAAAGACAAAGGAAGAGGUGGCGUCCACCCUGGAGGCGGUGCAGAACAUCCAGACCACCUCGCAGGCUCUGCUGAAGUCCCGGGAGAUCUACAAUGCCAAAACUGUGGAGCAGGAGCGCCUCCGUAAAGAGGGGGCCACCCAGAGAGAUGUGGACAAGGCGGGAGUGAAAGCCAAAAAAGCCACAGAGACCUACAAGUCCUACGUGGAGAAAUAUGCCGCGGCCAAGUCGGAGUUCGAACAGAAGAUGGCGGAAACCGCACAGAAAUUCCAAGACAUUGAAGAAAACCACAUUCACCACAUGAAGGAGAUCAUUCAGUCGUACUCGCGGUCCGUCGACGAGACGCACGUCCAAAUAGGAGAGGUCCACACCGAAUUUGUGAGGAACAUUGAGAACACCUCAGUGGAGAGCUUGAUACACAAACUGGCAGAGAGCAAAGGAACGGGCAAAGAGAGACCAGGACCCAUUGAGUUCGAGGAGUGCAAUGCAGCUAUUGCUACUGAAGGUGCCAAACCCAGAAAGAGAAAACCAUUUGGCAUCCCAGGUCGAAGGAAAGACAAGGACACCGACUCCACGGAGUCGACAGAAGUCGAACCUGCUAACACGGCCAACGGCGCUCCCCCUGGAUACUACGGCGCCAUAGACAUCCAGAAUGCUAAUGUUCCCCAAGUUGAUGCAGACGGUUUCUGUAUCCGACCGGAAGGAAAUGAAAACAAUGCCAAAGAGAAUUCCUUCUAUUCGUCCAGCGACUCGGAGGACGAGGACGAGCCCAGGAAGUUCCACGUGGAAAUCAAGCCCGUCCAGCCAAAUAACGACACGCACCAGAACCGAGCCACCAUCGACGAGCUCAAAGCCUCCAUUGGAAACAUCAUCCUGUCGCCCUCCACCUCGGCACAGAUGCGGAGGAACCAGUCCAGGAUCACAAGAGCUUCUUCAUUAGGCUCUAAGGCUCAGGGCGACGAGCUGGGAAGAACCAGAGUGCCAACGCCAUACGAACUGACGAACAACGACCUUCUGUCUCUGGACCCGUUCGGCCCGACUCUCGCGGCAGGCUCCUCCUCCUCCGUGUCCUCAUCAACAGCUGAGGCGGUGACACAACGGGAACGCCCUCCUCCCCUGGCAGAGAGCCAACAAUCCAAAGAUGUGUCCUCUUUCUCCUCGUCCACAUCCUCUCCCUGGGACUCGCCAGAAACCCCCUUCCAAACACUCAAGCCCGAGCCAGCGAGGGCCCGCAGCGCCCCCAUCACCCUGCCCACCGAGCCCAUUGACCCCGUCAAAAGCCCGGCCGCCGCCAGCCCGCCGAAGAGCGGCAACGCCGUCUCCUCUGUGUCCUCGGUGUCCUGGUCCCAGAGCCAGUGGAUCGCCUUCAGUGAUAAUUUGGCUCCGGCUCGCCGCCGGGGCUCGGAGCCUCCGGCGAAGAAUCCCCAGGGGCCUCAGUCCGGCUCCGGCAGGUCGUGUUGCCUCCUCUCCGAUGAGUCCGCCGAGGCCUUCUGCAAAGCGGCGGGCGGCGGAGGAGACGGCAACCCCUGUUUCUCUGGCGUCUUCUCUGGGAUUACAGAUAGGGCGAUGGCAGCAGCUCCAUCAAGCAAAAUAUUCAAUGUGCCAGUACCAAACCGACCGACGACCCCGCUGACAGCCGGGGGCCUGGUGCCCCCGCCCCGCCCCUCCUCCAGGCCCAAACUCCCCACCGGAAAACUCACAGGCAUCAAUGAGAUUGUACGGCCGUUCAGCCCGCCCAAGACGUCCAACGCCAGCCCUCCUCCUGCUGCGCCUCUCGCCCGGGCGGAGAGCUCCUCCUCCUUGUCCUCGAAUGCCUCGCUCAGCGCGGGCAACACCCCCACCGUUGGAGCCGAGUACACCUUUGCUCUCCCCCUCUCCUCCCCAGAGCCAGAGCUGCUCUCCCUCUCACCUUUCUUUCUGCUCAGCCAAAGGACGUCUCGCGGCCCCAGCCCUGUGACCUUGGCAUCCCUGGAUGCUUUGCCCAUUGCCGUGGCCUUCACAGAAUCGGUUAAUGCUUACUUCAAAGGAGCUGAUCCCACUAAGUGCAUCGUGAAGAUCACGGGAGACAUGACCCUUUCGUUCCCCAUGGGCAUCAUCAAGGUGUUCACCACCAACCCCUCCCCGGCCGUGCUCACCUUCAAGCUGAAGAACACCAGCCGGUUGGAGCAGAUUUUGCCCAACCAACAGCUGCUGUACAGUGAUCCUUCCCAAAGUGACUCAAAUUCCAAGGACUUCUGGUUCAACAUGCAAGCGCUGACGUCCUACCUCAGGAAAUCUUCAGAUCAGAAUCCUACAGCUUCCUAUUAUAAUGUGGACGUCCUAAAAUACCAGGUGCAGUCCGAUGGGAUCCACUCCACUCCCCUCAACCUGGCCGUGUACUGGAAGUGUGCGGCGAGCACGUCCGACCUGCGGGUGGACUACCGCUACAACCCGGAGUCCAUGGUCUCGCCCGGUCCGCUGUCCAACGUCCAGAUCUUAGUGCCCGUCGACGGAGAGGUCACCAACAUGCAGUCGCUGCCCAACUCCAACUGGAACCCGGAGCAGAAUAAGUGCCUGUGGAAGCUCAGCGACAUCUCCGAAAAGUCUGACAAUGAAGGCGCCGGGUCCCUGAGGGCCAAGUUUGAACUGUCGGAUGGACCGUCCAACCCCACCACCCUGGCAGUGCAGUUCAUGAGUGAGGGGAGCACCCUGUCAGGAGUGGACAUGGAGCUGCAGGGGCCCGGAUACAGACUCUCUCUCAACAAGAAGAGAUUUGCCACAGGACGCUACAUGGCAGACUGCUGAGGUCACCGGCCACUCUGGUUCUCCAGAGAAACACAAAGACAAGACUUCCCGAGCCUCUGGAUCCAUCUGAGCUUUGGCGAGAAAUCUCACUACAAUAAAACAGCACUGAGUAUUGAACACUGUUAAAGAAAAAGAAAAGAAGACUAAAGAUGAGCUUUCAGGAAACGUGUAGAUAUGAAAUCUGAUAAUGCUUUCUGAUCAAUUCACUUUUGUAUAGUCCGAAACAAUUUAUGGAUUAGAUAUAAAUCUAUAUUGUAUUUGAAAUCACAAAGAAAAAAAGUGCACUAACAAUCUUUCAGACGCUCUUCUUCCUCUUUAUAUUCGUCUCUCAAGAGCUUUUAAGGAAUAUAAAACAAACCCGUGUCCAUGUGGAAAAGAGGAAAAAAAGCUUCCUUCCUCUGAACUGUAAAUAUUAGCACCGAUCAUUCUGCUCAACCAGCUCAACACUCAAAUCAGUUUUGUUUACUGAUCUUUUCCUGCUCAACAUUUGUCUUUUUUUCUGCACGUGCAAUGAAGCAAUGACGGUAGAAUCUGUCUGAAACAGAGCUCACACACUUAUGGCACAAGAUGGAUCUCUUAAAAUCACGUCGAAGUGCUUUCAAACUAUAUGCCUCCUCUUAUACCGCGGAUCAACAGGCAACACGAGUGCAUCGAUGUUUUAUCCAAAUGUGGGUUUCAAAGAUUUAAGCAACAUUUCUCUGUGGUCAAAUAUAUGGGGUGUUUUUAAAAAAUAUUUUUAACAAUCUCCCUGAUUGGGGGUCUGUGAUCCGUGGGGUCUUUUUUUCUUCUUUUUUUUUUUAAUUCCCCUCUCAGUCAUGGCUUGUACUUGUAAAGUGUUUAAGCCUUCUUUUUUUUCUUUUUUUUUAUACUUUAUGAAAGAAAUCUCUGCUAUCUUGACUGUAAAAACGUUGUAAAAUGUUUAGCUGCUUAAAAAAGAAAAGAAAAAAAGAAUCAAGUAACACCACCAAAAAUUAACCUGCAGCUUGUUUUUGUAAAACUGGCAGUGUUUUUUUUUUUUUUAAAUCACACUUUUGUGCCACUUUUAAUAGAAAAAAUGUGCCUGAAUCAAACUUUUUUUUUAAAAUGUUAUUCUACAGCACAGUUAUUACAAAUAGCACCAACAAAAUGCCAGUUUUUUUACUCCUUUUUAUCUGGAUGUUGAAGGGAAAACGUCUCCUCUUUUUAAAAACCCGACCGUCUUCCAAAAAAAUGAAUGAGUCACGUUUGCCUUCUGCGAUAGAGUCCGACCACCGGACUCUUUUUCUAUCUCGUCUCUUUUCUACCCGACGCCCGUCGGUGGACCUGAACCUCUCAUUCACUUUUCCAGUGAGCAAGUAGCACAACGAGGCCCAACCAGUGAUGGGAAUAUGCCUUAUAUGCUGAGUAAUCCAGUGUUGUUGACUGUCUGUGAGAUAUCGUGACACAGUGCGGUAGAUCACCUUCCUGCCCCCCGCCUCUCACCCAGUGCAUGCUGGGAUAAGCCUCAUGCAACUAUCAGCAGCCGUAGAGAACGGACGGAUAAUUGCCCCGUUUGUACUCUCGGUGCUUCAUUCUAGUCUUUUACUAAUGAAGGCUGCUGCUGUAGGAGCUGUCAUACUUCUUGACGGAGUAGUUUUAUGUUCUUGUUGUUGUUGUUGUUGUUUUUUUACCCAUUGACCUCAACCGUGUAAUGAUCCUUUUCAAAUUGGUUAACUGAUGCUGUGAUGUUUCAGACACAGGCCAAAUGACCUCUCAGAUAAGAUUUAAAGAAAAUUAACUUUUCACAUCAGGCUUAUUUUUUACUGUACGCUGUGCUACAGAGAAAGACUUAGUUUUUAAGUGUGUGGUCUCCAGGUGAUUUAAAACUCAUAUCCAUACUUGAUUCAUUGGUGUCUCACGUGAUCUUUUUUAUCUGAUUUCAUUCAUCAUAUCUUCCUCGGGGGAGGGAUUGUCUCCCAUUUGUAAUGUUUUAUAUAAUUCCGGUUUCAGAUUUUGACAAUAAUAGAGAGGCAAACAUUAACCUCAAAUGGACGAUGGAAUUAUCCAUUUGAGUUGAGUUUGCUAAACCCUAAAUUUUGUAUCUCGCUCUGGACUUUAAAUCAGCCAAAUCUUUAAAAGGUAUUUUGAAAUGAAUGAGUUUACAUGAAAUCUUAAAAAUUGUACAGUUAGAAAUCGGCAUGUCACUUUGUGUUUUUUCUCUUAAUUAAUUAUGUCAGUUGGUAGUUUUAGUCAGAUGAGACGAAUGCAUAUAAAAAAAAAGAAGAGUUCACAGAUUCAGUAAUCGUGUUCAGUAUUAGCAAGCUGGUUCUUGCUGUCUCUAAAAAAACUUACAAAAUUAACUUCCAAGGUUCCUUUUUUUUUUGUCACUUUCACUUCCUUUAUAUGUUGUAUUGAACAGAGUUUAAAGAGUGCAAAAUUAUGUAAAUGAUCCUCAUAAAUUGUACAUUUUUACCAAUAUCUCAGCCACUUUUUGUCUCUACUUUAUGAUUUUUUCAUUGUGCCUGUAUUAAAUGUGUAAUAUAUGAAUAUAUACAAAUAUAUUAAAAUGACUAAGCGUG